AUGGAACCUAUCGUGGCGAGUUGCACGUAUGUCUGUGGGACUAGUAGGAGGGACGAAAUCGACUUCGAGCCCUUCGUGCGGAGUCAGGCGCCUGGUUUCGACAUCCCAGAGGCGGCAGAGGGGCCCUACGAUUUGCCGAACGGUCCUUCUUGCGUCGAUGGAGUGCUGGCGUACGACGCCGCCCUGGACCAGCCCGUCCACGGCGUGCCCCUACGCGAAGGCCAGCUCUGGCUGUUGUCGGCAGACGAAGAGCUCGAGGCCAAGGUGAACGUGUCGCUCUACAUCAACGGCUUCUGCUUCGAAUACAGGGGUCGGGAUCAGUCGUUCUCGCUGUCUCCGUUUGCGCUCGUGAGGACGUGCAAGUUCCAGAGUGCUGGCGCUGAUGGCGCCGAUCUCUCGUGCCACGCGUGCUUCAAGGUCUCGCUUUUCACGCACGGGGUGUGCUUUUAUCGAAUUUCGGCAUCUGCGGAAGCGGCACAUAUGAAGACGCAGAAGAUGAGCGCUCCAGCUGGGUCGCUGACUUCGCACGCGCGGUACGUGUGGUGA